ACAAUUACCGACCAUUCUUUGGUGAUUAUAAACAGAAACUAUAAUAAACAAUGAUUAGCGCGCGAGAGAAUCAGGAGUCAAAUAGAGAAAGCAAAGCGAUGGCUGCUCCGGCUGCCGAGGGUCUGGCCGUUACGGCGCUCCGGUCGGUAUUACACCGGGUCCGGCAAGCUGCGGAAAGGUCCGGCCGCCGUGCUGAUGAUGUGAGAGUGGUGGCCGUGAGCAAGACCAAACCUAUUUCUCUAAUUAACCAAGUUUAUGAUGCUGGUCACCGCUGUUUCGGUGAAAAUUAUGUCCAAGAGAUUAUCCAGAAGGCUCCCGAGCUUCCUGAGGACAUUGAAUGGCAUUAUAUUGGGCAUUUGCAGAGCAACAAAGUGAAGCAACUCCUGAGUACGAGCUUAUUCAAAUAUAUGUGCGAAUUUAGUUUUGUUAUUAUCCAGCUUCCAUAGGAUCUUAUAUUUAGUUAAUUUGAUUCUUUUCCAGUUGUUUCUGUUGAUUGAUACUGAUAUACUGCCUCUUUUCGUUUUCUUGAGCCGAGGGUCUAUCGGAAACAACCUCUCUACUCCCCACUACCCUCCCCAGACCCCACUUGUGGGAUUUUACUGGGUUGUUGUUUGUUGUUGAUUCUUUUCCAGUUGUGAUGUUUAUAAAAUACAAGUCUGCAUUUUUGUCCGUCA